UGCACAAACCUUAGCAACUGGAGUAAUCUCAGUGAAAACCAUUUUCUUUUUCUAUGUAGUUAUCUCUUUUCUUUUAUAGAAAGAGUCCUCAGCGGUUCAGCCAGUCUGAAAUAUUUAGUUCCUGCUUUGCUACCUGAAAUGUCAUUAGGCAUGGCUGUAUGGAAACUGAGCAUAUAAGGAGCUCUUGGUGUGCAUCCCAUAUUCACCUGCAAACCUCAUAAAUUUGCUUGCAGAAGCAAAGGUAGCCAUUGCAGCAGAAGCAUGGAUGCGGUCCUGACAAGGUUGAGAGGUCUCAGUGCUGACGAGUUAAGGGAGGAGAUCCUUAAAGCCAACUUGAAGUGUGGUCCCAUCACUGCCACGACAAGAGCCAUAUUUGAGCGCAAGCUAGCCAGAACCAUUGUGGAGAAUGCUGGGCUUACUGAGCCUGAUGGCAGUGGCAGUAACUGUGCGGGGACAGACAGCUCUGGGAGUGUAGUGCCAGUCAAACAGCCACCAAGUGCCACUUCAGCAAGCGAGGAUGGGGAUUUCGGGUACGACUUAGGCCUUAACCCACCGGAGGAGGAGGCUCUGACGGAUCAGAGUAGAACUGUGUGCUGUAAUGUGGAGGCACAGACACCUAAAACUGCACAAGUAUCGCCCAGUUUUUUCUACGGGGUGUGUCCGCUGUGGGAGGAUGUAUUGGCUAGGAAUGAGAGAGCCCAUGUGUACACGGAUAAGAAAGAAGCAUUACAGGCUGUAAAAAUUAUGAAAGGGGCUCGAUUUAAAGCUUUCUCCAAUCGUGAGGAUGCUGAGAAGUUUGCCAAAGGCAUUUGUGACUACUACCCCUCACCUUGUAAAAGCACUCCAUGCGUUUCUCCUGUCAAACCUGGCCUGGUGUUCGGCAAAGACCACACAUUUAUGAUUGAGGCAGACAUUAUUAACAGGGAAAAGGCAAACAGUUUUAAGAGCCCUCGCACUCAAGAUUUGACGGCUAAGCUGAGGAAGGCUGUGGAGAAGGGAGAUGAAGUGGCUUUCUCUGAGCUGGUCUGGAGCAACCCUCGUUACCUCAUCGGGUCAGGGGACAACCCUACUGUAGUUCAGGAGGGCUGCAGGUAUAAUGUGAUGCAUGUGGCUGCUAAGGAGAAUCAGCCAGGCAUUGUCCAGCUUUUGUUGGACACUCUGGAGAACCCAGAAUUCAUGCGGCUUAUGUACCCAGACGACCAGGAGAGCAUGCUGCAGAAACGAAUCCGAUAUAUUGUAGACCUCUACCUCAAUACACCCGAUAAAGCUGGAUUUGAGACGCCUCUCCACUUUGCUUGUAAGUUUGGCUGCCCAGAAGUUGUGAACAUACUCUGCUCUCAUCCAGACAUAGACAAGAAUGGCAAGAACAAGUACAACCAGAAACCUACUGAGGUUAUUUGUGAAAGAAUGAGAGAAAAAGGUAAAGUUCAGGAAGUCAAGCAGAAGAUACGUGAAUAUUUAGAAAAUCGAUUAUAUGUCCCCUUAUUGAGAGCCACUGAUAACUCCUCUCAACCUGUGAUUGGUGCUCCAUGGUCACCUGAGCCAAUGGACAACCUGUCUCCAAGGUUACCUAGAAGCCCAAACGAUCCAGUUAUGGCAGUAAGAGCCUAUGCUGGGCCGUUAAGUCCAUCUAAAGCUGAUGAGUUCAGACGGGCAUGGAAGACACCUCCCAGAGAACGGGCAGACCAUUUCCACAACAUUUUAAAGUCUGACCCAGACCGUGGGGCAGAACGAGUUGGCAGAGAUCUGGCCCAUGAGCUUGGUCACUCCUGGGCAGAGUACUGGGACUUCCUGGAUACUUUUGUGGACCUGUCAUCUGCUGAAGGUCUGAAAAUGCUUGAAGAGUACCUCAGUAAAAAGGACUUCAGGGAACGCACUCAUGAAGAGUCGGGAGAGAAUAAAACCAGUAACAGGUUUAAAACCCCAUCUCCAGGCAAACUGAAAAAGUUCUGUAAUUCCAUCUCUGUGGGGGCAUUUCUGGAGGGUGAUGACAUCAGUCUGGAGGAGAUCAAAAACCGGCAGAAUGCUGCUCUCACCAGCAUCUCUUCUGUAUGCUCCAAAGAUGGCUUGCAGGGGGCGGUAGGGGGUCUAGAGUUUCACAUCCUUCCUGUCUCGCUCAGCACUGAUCUCAUAGAGGCUGCAGCAGAGCAGGAUCUUCUACUGUCUGAGAAAUCUUUACUCUCCAACAGUAAAAAUGGCCUGUGUGAGGAGGGUCCCGGGGACAGGACUCCAAACGGGGACAAAAUGUCCCCUCGCAUCUGCGGCUCCUCCAAUUCCUGUAUGCUGUCACCCAUCUCCAACCUAAUGGCAGAGUUUGAGAGAAUGUCUCUGUUUGAUGAGCCCGAAAGGACAAACCGAGAGAGGAAAAGGAGUGGGGGGAAACGUCACCGAGACGCACAUGCCACAGAGCUCUCGACUGGGCUGGGCCGUCUCUCGUUGUCCUCCGAAGACGACUCCGUAUUUGAGAAAGACAGGACGUCACUGUUAAUAGCAACUGAGAAGGAUGAAGUGGAGAGAAGAAAGGAAGAUGUGAGGUCCAGUGCAAGUUCAGAUGAAUAUUUUCUAGCUAAUGAGAGGCUAGAAUCGAUGAGCCAAAGGACUAUAGAAGCUCCAAGGGGAGAGCGCACAAUCUGUGCCAGGUCAAAGUCCUGGGAUCAUGGGGGGAGAGACCUCAGCUCCUCAGGGUCUUCCAGCUCCUACAGAUCUCUCGACAGCUCUCAGGACUUCACAUUAAGGACACCUCCCAGAGUGACGAAAAGAUUCUUCAUUGAAGGGGAUUCGCCCACAAAGUUGGACAGGGAGGUUAUGUUGGCUUUACAAGCCUCAGACAUUGACCCUCUGAAGUAUCCCAGCAUUCACAAAUGGAAGAGCACAGUUCAGACAUACUCCAACUUAGAAAUGCAAAGCUGGCAGACUCCUGCUGUUUGCAAAAGCCAUUUCAGGCCUCAUUCUGUAACCCCUGGCUCUCCAGCGAGCAACCUCAUGUCACCUGUGAGCCGUUUUAACCCAGUUCGUCACAUGGGCUCACCAGAGUUCUGCAGCCCUGGACGCUACAGCCCAGCACACUCUAACUACAGCCCUGCUCAUUUAAACUAUAGCCCUGUGAGCUACAUCCAAUGCAUUCGUCUCAAACACUUCGGCGAUGCCCCCAUUUAACAAACGCUCUCUACCCUGCCUAGCCCUGCCCUGAAUUUCUACCAAUUAAUUACUGUCUGAAAUUACAAACUCAAGUGUGAGCUGUCUCAAAGGAUGGAAUGUCCCCAAGGAUAAUUAUGUCAUAAUAGAAGAACUGAAGAAAGAUUUGAAUCAGCUCAAACUGGGCGCUUAGUGCAGUCGAAAUCGCUGUUAACAUCACACAACAGGCCGUCCUUCAGUUUGUAAGCUCUUAGGUUCUAGUAUAGAACACAACUCAAAUAAUAUGCACUUCUUCUGGGGGGCUGCUGAAUCAUAAUAUACAGUUGAAAUGAGAAGUUUACAUACACUUAGGUUGAAGUCAUUAAAACUCAUUUUUUAACCACUCCACAGAUUUAAUAUUAGCCAACUAUAGUAUUGGCAAGUAAUUUAGGACAUCUACUUUGUGCAUGACAUGAGUAAUUUUUCCAACAAUUGUUUACAGACAGAUUGUUUCACUUUUAAUUGACUAUAUCAUAAUUCUAGUGGGUCAGAAAUUUACAUAUACUAAAUUAACUGUGCCUUUAAGCAGCUUGGAAAAUUCCAGAAAAUGUCAUGCCUUUAGGCAAUUAACCAAUUAGCUUCUGAUAGGCUAAUUGGAGUCAGUUGGAGGUGUACCUGUAUUUUAAGGCCUACCUUCAAACUCAGUUCCUCUUUGCUUGACAUCAUGGGAAAAUCAAAAGAAAUCAGCCAAGACCUCAGAAAAAAUUGUGGACAUCCACAUGUCUGGUUCAUCCUUGGAAGCAAUUUCCAAAUGCCUGAAGGUACCGCAUUCAUCUGUACAAACAAUAGUGCGCAAGUAUAAACACCAUGGGACCAUGCAGCCAUCGUACCGCUCAGGAAGGAGAUGCAUUCUGUCUCCUGGAGAUAAAUUUAGUUUGGUGCAAAUCAAUCCCAGAACAACAGCAAAGGACCUUGUGAAGAUGCUGGAGGAAACAGGUAGACAAGUAUCUAUAUCCAUAGUAAAAUGAGUCCUAUAUUGACAUAACCUGAAAGGCUGCUCAGCAAGGAAGAAGCCACUGCUCCAAAACCGCCAUAAAAAAGCCAGACUACAGUUGCAAGUGCACAUGGGGACAAAGAUCAUACUUUUUGGAGAAAUGUCCUCUGGUCUAAUGAAACAAAAAUUUAACUGAAUGACCAUCGUUAUGUUUGUAGGAAAAAGGGUGAAACGCCAUCCCAACUGUGAAGCAUGGGGGUGGCAGCAUCAUGUUGUGGGGGUGCUUUGCUGCAGGAGGGGCUGGUGCACUUCACAAAAUAGAUGGCAUCAUGAGGAAGUAAAAUUAUGUGGAUAUAUUGAAGCAACAUCUCAAGACAUCAGCCAGGAAGUUAAAGCUUGGUUACAAAUGGGUCUUCCAAAUGGACAAUGACCCCAAGCAUACCUCCAAAGUUGUGGCAAAAUGACUUAAGGACAACAAAGUCAAGGAAUUGGAGUGGCCAUCACGAAGCCCUGACCUCAAUCCGAUAGAAAAUUUGUGGGCAGAACUGAAAAAGCGUGUGGGAGCAAGGAGGCCUACAAUCCUGACGGUUACACCAGUUCUGUCUGGAGGAAUGGGCCAAAAUUCCAGAAAAUUAUUGUGAGAAACUUUUGGAAGGCUACCCAAAAUGUUUGACCCAAGUUAAACAAUUUGAAGGCAGUGCUACCAGAUACUAACAAAAUGUAUGUAAACUUCUGACCCACUGGGAAUGUGAUGAAAGAAAGAAAAGCUGAAAUAAAUAAUUCUAUCUACUAUUAUUCUGAUAUUUCACAUUCUUAAAAUAAAAUAGUGAUCCUAACUGACCUAAGACAGGGAAUGUUUUCUACUAUUAAAUGUCAAGAAUUGUGAAAAACUGAGUUUAAAUGUAUUUGGCUAAGGUGUAUGUGAACUUCUGACUUCAAGUGUGUGUGUGUAUGUGUGUGUAUGUAUGUAUAUAUAUUUCAGUACUUCUGUGUAUGACACCCAGUGUGUUCAUCUGUGAUGGUCGUAUAGACUUUAACCUGUUUUUUUUCUAUUUUAUUUCCUAUAGAUGUGUGUAUGUAUGCUUGGGAAAUGGAUCUGUGGAUAACGAUUUGCAAAGCAGUGUCGUUAAGGGAAAAUUUUGAAUUUCUUAUUUAACACAGUGAUAUAAAUUGCAGGAAAAAAAAAGAUAUUCAAUAUGUAAACACGUAAACUCGGAGCUAAAUUACAAUGAUAUAGUAGUAAAUUAUUGAAUUAUUUUUGUUGUUGUCAGUAGCACAAAAUGCUUAGAUGACUGCCAGAUGUUUUUUGUUUUUUUUAAUUGGGGAACUGCCUUAAAUUUCAGAGAGUAAAGACCAAUCUCAAUAGCAGGUGUUCAUGUAUUUUUAAUAGCAGCCUUAGGUGUUUGGGACAAAAUAUGAAGUCUAAAGAAAGAUGUGAAAAUAUUCCCCUUUUUAUUUUUUUUUAAGUUCAAUAAAUGUGAUUAUUAUUUCUAAGUACUUAUUUGUUUUGCGUUUUUAAUUCGUUUUAGUGUUUGACACAGUUCAUUAUGACAAUUAGAUAUCCAAGCACACACUCACUGAUUUAUUAUGACUAGGGAUGGUAAGUUGGCACUGAUAUUGCAUAAAUGUCAUAAUAGCUGUAAAACCUACAUGAUUAUGGACGAGUUUUGUAAAUGCACUUUAAAUGUGUUCUGAAAUGUCAUUGCAAUAUCAGCCAUUGAUUAUGGGAUGUGGGACAAUUUUACCACUGGAUCAUGUCAAUAUGAAUCUCUCAUUUGCUUUUGAAAUGAAUACGUUUGCUAGAUCUCAAACAAUGCACCCCAUUUCUUCUGGAAUCAAAGUUGGAUGAGACUGAUCAACAGCUGGCCUCCACAGAAAAGCUCCCGGUUGCUCAGCUUUAUGUGAAGAAUACUCAGAAUAUCCCAAGGAAACGAGUCUAGAACAUACUCUGCUGUACUUUCAAAUAUAUUAUUCGCACCCAUCAUUUUCAGUGUAGUGCUGGCCUGUUGAUCUUUGCUUUGAAAAGCUUUAGUGCCUUUGAUUAUGAUCUGUUUGGAAUGGCCUGUGGCUCCUCAGUGUAUGAAAGAUGCACAGACAACAUAAAAGCUAAAUUGACCUUUUUCUCUCUAUUUACCAAGUAGCAUUGGCAUAUGCAGUGUCUAAAUGCAUCUUUAACAAGAUUGUAAGAGAAGAAAUAUGGUUUACAGUAUAGUUAUUUCUAGUGUUGUAUCAAUGCCAGCCUUAAUUUCUGUUAAAAAAUAAUGCUUUGUAGUGCCAACACUAGUGAAUUGAAAACGAGUUGCUGUUUAUUGUUGAGAAUUGAAUUAUUUUUCUUGUCCUGCGCUUUACUUUCCAUGCGUUUUUAGUUCUAUUUUAUUACAGUAUACAUCAAAGGAAAUUAUUUGAUGUUCUAUUGAUGAACAAUUAAAUAAAGUGCUCAGUCUUGUAACUUUA